AAUAAUAUCAGCUUUAACUUUACCUGUGUGUAUAAUCGGGAUAUGGUAACAAGUCUGAAACUGCCUGGAAAUAUAACCUAUCAAACAGUAUACCUGUGCUGUCUGGAGCCAAUGAAACUGCGGAACAUGUAUCCUGUUACCAUGGCUGCUUAUAAAGAUUCAACAUUUACAAGAUCAUAUCAAAAUGAAGAAGAAGUGACAAAUUGGAACAAUGAUCUAUGUGGGAAUAUUUGUGACAGGAGCUGAUGGAAAGAUAUAUGUUCUCCGGAUAGAGACUGUGUUUGCAAGUCCAAACAGAUAAUCGUAAAUGAUGUAAAUAGUGUUUAUCUUAUAAAAAAAUGGCUGCCCCCAGGGACCUGUUUCCACAACUGUGUUACAAAAUAGAAAUGCAUUAGAAGCAGCUUUCAGCAUAAGCUCAUUUCAGUUUCAA